AUGAGAUUCAUUCAAGAUGGAAAAGACUAUGGACGCCAUAUUGGCCGCUGGCGACAAGUUUCUCAGUUCCAUUGCCUUGGUUGUCAUGGUGUCACGGACCGCACGCGUACAGACCGCGCAGUCGGACCUGAAAUCGUGCAGGCUGUGGUGGACAUAAUCCGCGAAAAUUGCAUAUAUCCAAACGAUAGGGUUUUUCUCAGGCGCUUGGCAUACGUUCAGUCACAAGAUGGACUCGAUAUAAGAACAUUUCGACCCGAUUUUUUCGGAGGCAUAUGGCAAGUUAAAGAAUCGGAAUUCAAUUCAACAUCUUCAUGUACUGGCUUGGAGCACCAAUGUAAAAUCAUAGAAGACAAACUCAACAUAGUAUGGACAGACGUAGCCUGGGAAAACCUCACAGUGCCGCUGUAUUCUGGAUUGGCUGCCAGUUUGUUGCUCCAGAUGAGGGCAAGGAACAAUACCCCGGGGGAGGCAGACAAACAAGCGGAAUUCUGGGUCAACAACUACCAACAUGGCAAAACAAAGACUUUUUAUCUGUCAGAGAUCCAAAAACUGGUUAGUGAUACUUGUGAGAUUGAUUUAGCUUUCAUAGUGGACACCUCUGGAAGCAUAGGAUAUUUUAACUUCAUUGACAUGUUGGGUUUUAUGAAGAAAGUUACCCGUGGUUUGACAGUUGGACCUAGCAAUGCUCAGAUUGCCGUGGUGUCUUUCAGCGACACUGCCAGGAUAGAGUUCCAGUUCGGAGAACAUGAAGAUCACACAUCUUUGGAAAAAGCAAUCAACUCCGUUAACUACGACGCAAUGGGUACAGCAACAAGUGAAGGGAUUAAGUUGGCACGGGAAUCGAUUUUCAAAACUAGCUCUCGGAAAGGCGCUACUAAAGUUGCACUUGUAAUUACUGACGGAUCUUCGGACUCAUUUCAUGACACUGUUAAGGAGGCCAAGACAACACGGGAAGAGGGAAUUGUACUUUUUGCCCUAGGAAUCGGGAAUAUUAAUAAGGCAGAGUUAUAUGCCAUAGCGAGUCCACCAGACUGUACCCAUGUGAUCACAUUGGCGGGAUUUUCAGAAAUCGACAAUGUUGUUCAAGAAAUUAAGAAAUCGGCGUGUAGAGCACCAAUUGUUGUGGAUUCAAACAGUGUGGUAGGCAUAAAUGGCACUAACGUAGAUAUACAUGGAGUCAGACUGAACGUUACUUACAAGCACAGCAUCCACACCACUACAACUCUCGCCUUUGUCACACAGAAAACGGAUUCAAACUUCACAGGUGCCCACAAUGUUCUGGAGGUCAAGGUAAAUUGCGGUGUUGUACAAGUGUAUACUUCCUUCGACAACCCUCACCCUAGCUCCGUCUUCUACAGCCAAAAACUGACCGCUGCAGACGGACAUCCGGCACUUCUGUUCCUGAACAAGACAGCAGACGGCCGACCUCUGUAUGUGACGUCAGUGGGAACACCAUACGACAUCAAGGGAAAGAACUGCAGCGACGCCAACUACUUCUCAACAUUUGCUCAUAUCAAUAUAUCCAAGGUUGAUGUGAUAUGUCGAGAAGAUGGAAUUGAACGGCCAUGUACAAAAAAGGAUUUCGAGCUGAAACCAGACUACAAGAACAUGGUGUGUCAGUCAAACGGUAUUUCAGUUCUGAAUCCCUGUACAACUGCUGCUCUUCAGAGAGGAGAGUUUUAUCACCCCCAUCCAGACGAUGAUACCAAGUUCAUAAGAUGUGAUUAUCAACAGAAGAUGUACGUCAUCCAGUGCCCGGAUGGACAACGGUACACAAAAGGUUCAGAUUCCUGUGGGACAGCGCAGGUAGCAGUGGGAGGAGAUAGGGUAUCACUUGACUCUGACCUAGUGAACCCCUGCACGCCACAAUCUCUUAUCAACCACCAAUUCUUCUUCUCCUACCCCAAAGAUAACACCAAGUACAUUCACUGUGAUGUUUGGGGGCAUGCUUGGGUGUCUAACUGUUCCUCCAACAUGGUGUGGAGUCAGUCUAAGCAGACAUGCAUCCCGGAUGUACACACCUCAACAAAUCCCUGCACACAGGACAAAGUUAAACAGGGAUACACCAUGUUUCCCCACCAGGACCCUCACAAGUAUAUCCACUGUGAUAACGCCCUGAAUCCCUGGGUUCAGUCCUGUACCCCCAAAACAGUGUUUAAUUUUGAUUCUCAGAACUGUGUGUGGGAAACUGCACCUGUUGGGUGA